AUGAAAGCUGAUCAAAGGCAUGCAACUUCAAAGUUGAUUAGUGGUUAUAUUAUUGACAAUCUUCGAGACCCAUGGUUUGAAGGUACGACAGCCUUUGUCAUGGCAGAAAUGCAAAUAUUGCAUGGACUAGACAUUGGGUAUCGCAAGGCGUGGCGUGCUAUUCAACGUGCUUCAGCUUUCAUAAGAGGAACUCCUGAAGAGAAUUAUGAAUUGCAGUUUCUUUAUAUGUUUUAUGCAUAUGGAUCAUCAAUAGCUGGAUGGAAUCAUUAUAGACCAAUGAUUGCUGUUGAUGCAACGUUUUUGAAGUCAAAAUAUCGUGGUGUUUUAAUGAUUUCAGUUUCAAAGGAUACAAAUAACCAAAUAUUCCCACUAGCCUUUGGGAUUGCAGAAUCUGAAAAUAACAACUCCUAUGAGUGGUACUUUAGUGAGCUUAGCAAUGCAAUUGCGAGCCGUGAUAAUUUAAUUGUUUUAUCAGAUAGGCAUCAAUCUAUUGCACAUGUCAUCGCAAAGGUCCUCUCGCGAAGACGAAGAGUAAACUGGUUUCUUUAUAUGUUUUAUGCAUAUGGAUUAUCAAUAGAUGGUUGGAAUCAUUGUAGAUCGGUGAUUGCUAUUGAUGCAACAUUUUUGAAGUCAAAAUAUCGUGGUGUUUUAAUGAUUUCAGUUUCAAAGGAUGCAAAUAACCAAAUAUUCCCACUAGCCUUUGGGAUUGCAGAAUUUGAAAAUAACAACUCCUAUGAGUGGUACUUUAGUGAGCUUCACAAUGUAAUUGCGAGCCGUGACAAUUUAAUUAUUUUUUCAGAUAUGCAUCAAUCUAUUGCACAUGUCAUCGCAAAGGUCUUCCCUGUUGAUUCAUGGCGUUCUAGAGUUGAGGAGGAAGGAAAUACUUUCUUGGUGGACUUAAGCAAAAGGACAUGUGAUUGUUUUCAGUUUCAAUUUGAUGAAUUAUCAUGUAUACAUGCAAUUGCAGCUAUCGAGAAGAGAAACAUCAAGAAGUCCAAUUUCUGCUCAAACUGGUACUUAAAGGAAUCUUGGCUGAAAACAUACGACAGACAAAUAUAUCCUAUAGGACAUACGGAUUCUUGGAUUGUACCAGAGAGUGUUGUCACUAAUUAUUAA